AUGAAGCUCACAAAGAGUUCCCUCCUUGCCGCUGCAACUGCAGCCUCGACAUUGGCGGCGGUGCUACAACCAGUUCCGCGUGCUUCUAGUUUUGUGUCGAUAUCAGGGACCCAGUUCAACAUUGAUGGCAAAGUAGGCUACUUUGCGGGCACCAAUUGCUACUGGUGUUCUUUCCUUAGCAAUCCCGCGGACGUUGAUACAACGUUCAGCCACAUUGCUUCCUCUGGACUCAAGGUCGUGCGUGUCUGGGGCUUCAACGAUGUCAACCAGCAGCCUUCCCCUGGAAACAUUUGGUUCCAGAAGUUAUCAGCAUCUGGGUCCACGAUCAAUACUGGAGCCGACGGACUACAGCUCCUUGAUAAUGUAGUCAAGUCAGCUGAGCAGCAUAACCUCAAGCUCAUUAUUCCAUUUGUCAACAACUGGAAUGACUAUGGUGGAAUCAACGCCUAUGUGAAUGCCUUUGGCGGCAAUGCCACUACUUGGUUCACUAAUUCGGCAGCUCAAGCUCAGUACCGCAAGUACAUUCAGGCUGUCGUCAGUCGUUACAUCAACUCGACGGCCAUCUUUGCGUGGGAGCUGGGCAACGAGCCUCGCUGCAACCAGUGCGAUACUGGCGUCAUAGUUACAUGGGCUACAAGCGUAUCUCAGUACGUCAAGUCACUCGACUCAAACCAUCUUGUGACGCUUGGAGAUGAGGGACUUGGUCUCAGCACCGGAGACGGCUCUUAUCCGUAUACUUAUGGAGAGGGCACCGACUUUGCCAAGAAUGUACAAAUCAAGACACUCGACUUUGGUACUUUCCACCUUUACCCGGAUUCUUGGGGCACAAACUAUCCUUGGGGAACUACUUGGGUUCAAACCCAUGCUGCGGCCUGUGUAGCAGCAGGCAAGCCAUGCGUGUUUGAAGAAUACGGUGCACAGAACAAUCCCUGCACUAACGAGGCUCCCUGGCAAAGCACCUCUUUGGCAACUCGCGGUAUGGGCGGCGAUAUGUUUUGGCAGUGGGGAGACACCCUUUCCUACGGUCAAUCGAACAGUGAUCCAUACACUGUCUGGUACAACUCAUCGAACUGGCAAUGUUUGGUUCAAAACCACGUUACGGCUAUCAACGGAGGCACUCCUCCUCCUCCCGCCUCUUCGACUACGGCUGUCUCGUCUAGGACGACAUCGACCGCCUCGCAACCGACUGGCAGCUGCUCCCCCUUUGUGUGCCUUGAUGAAGCGCUGGAGAUGCAGUACAUGUACUCAGCUACGAAGUUGAUACAAUGA